AUGUCGGGAUCACACCCUGGAGUAAAACCAUCCCUAGAGAAGAUGAGGAGGGAGCUGAAGGCAGAUGCUUACUUGUACUCCACAGUGAGGAUUGUGAACUGGGACUUUAAGGGAUCCAUGAAAGAGGUUUCCAGCAAGAGUGAGAAAUACAGCCCACAAAGAGAGAAUAUUGGUCCUGAGAAAGCUCUCAAGCACUUGCAGGGCUUCCGUUUUGAUGAAGUACCUGGAGCAUUCGAGGCUGCCAGCCGUGUUCAGGAACUAUGUCGUCAGUGGCUGCAGCCAGAGAUCCACUCGAAAGAGCAGAUCAUGGAACUGCUGGUACUAGAGCGGUUUCUGACUUAUCUGCCUCAGAAGACUCAGGAUUGGCUGCAGAAGCAUCAUCUUCAAAACCUCAAGCAGGCUGUGACCCUGGCACAGUACUUCCACAGGGAACCUGCUAAAACAAAGAAUGAGAGUUUGUUGACAUUUGAAGAUGUGGCUAUGUAUUUUUCUGACGAAGAAUGGCAACUUCUGGACCCGUCUCAAAAGACCCUCUACAGAGAUGUCAUGGGAGAUGUCUAUGAGGAUGCUGCCUAUCUAGGGUUAAAGCUCAAAAAUUAUAUUGGGAAUGAUCAUCCUGUAUCUGUUUCUGCAUCAGAAAUGCAAGCACCAGGAUGCAAAGUAUCAAAAAAGACCAAAAGAGGAGCUUCCCAGAAAGCAACAGGCCUAGAACUUCACAGAGUCCAGAAGGAUCAUCCAGCCUUUCCAGAGGAGGGAAAUAUAUCUGUAACUCAUAAACAGGCAUGCGUGAAAUAUAUGAAGCAUCACAGGGCAGACCACACAGAAGAGAAAUUUUUUAAGUGUCAGAAGUGUGAGAAAAGCUUCAAAUUUAGAUCUGAACUUAUUAGGCACCAGAGAAUUCAUACUUAAGAGAAGCCCUAUAAAUGGCAGCAGUGUGAUAGGUUUAGAUUGCAUUCAGAUGUUAAGCACCUCGUAUCACACCAAGAAAUAAAGCCAUAUAAAUGCUCAUGGUUUGGGAAAGACUUCAUUCAUACAGCAAAUCUACACACACAUCAAAGAAUUCAUACAGGGGAGAAGCCCUUUAAAUGUGAUGAGUGUGGAAGACGACUCAUUCAGAAUUCACACCUUAUUAAACAGCAGAAAACCCACAUAGAUGACUAG